AUGGGCUUGUUAAACCUUUUGCGUAGGCUGAAGUCUAAACCAGAACAAGAAAUAAGAAUCCUUCUUCUUGGUCUGGACAAUGCGGGAAAAACAACUAUACUAAAGCAUUUAGCAUCCGAAGAUAUUUCUCAGACAACUCCCACUCAGGGUUUUAAUAUCAAAAGCGUCCAGUCACAGGGAUUCAAACUGAAUGUGUGGGAUAUCGGUGGUCAGCGAAAAAUUCGUCCUUACUGGAAGAAUUACUUUGAAAAUACAGAUGUAUUAAUCUAUGUCAUAGAUAGUGCAGACAAAAAGCGGUUUGAAGAAACUGGAGAGGAACUUAUGGAACUUUUAUCCGAAGACAAAUUGGCUGGUGUUCCUCUGAUUAUAUUUGCUAAUAAACAAGAUUUAAUAUCUGCUGAACCAGCAAAUAAAAUAUCCGAUGGAUUAGGAUUACUAACGAUUAGAGAUAGGCCAUGGCAAAUCCAAGGUUGUUCUGCUAUCACUGGCAAUGGUGUAAAAGUAAGUAUAAAUAAUCCUAUGAAGGAAGUUAAAAUGCUUCGUAAGCUAUUAUAG